AUGGAUAAAAGUUGGUUGAAUAUUAGGAAUAGAGUUGACCAAAGGUAUAGAGAUGGAGUAGAAAGCUUUCUUAAUUGGGCAUUCAGUCAACCCGGGGUGAGCACUAUUAUUCGAUGUCCUUGUAAAGGGUGUAUGAACACCGUGUUCAAGCUAAGGAUUAAUGUAAGAGGAGACUUGUUGAACAAGGGCUUCUGGGAUUCUUAUAAAGUGUGGGACUUGCAUGGAGAAGUGUUAGUUAGAGUUGAUGAUGAAGUCGAAGAUGAUAGCAUUGAAGAGGAUAAUAUUACUGAAAUGAUUCACGAUGCUUACGGAUAUAUGAAUGUGGAGGAUAAUACUAAUUCUUCUGAGGGCAAUGAAGAGCCAAAUAUGCAUGCAACAAAGUUUUACAAAUUGUUAGAAAAUGCUCAGACAGAACUUUAUCCUGGUUGCACAAAAGUCUCAAAGUUGUCUUUUGUUGUUAAAUUACUUCACUUGAAGUGUCUUAACCAUUGGAGCAACAAAUCAAUGGAUGAGUUGUUGAGCUUCUUUAAAGAAGUUCUUCCUGAGGGGUCAUUUGUACCCAAAUCUUUUUAUGAAGCGAAGAAAGUUCUUCGUGACCUAGGCUUGGGGUACACCAAAAUAGAUGCAUGUCAGAAUGAUUGUAUUUUAUAUUGGCACGAUUAUGUCAAUGCCCAAUCAUGUCCGAAGUGUGGUAAGUCUAGAUGGAAGUCAGAAGGACACAAAGGCAAGAAAGUAGCUCAUAAAGUAUUGCGACAUUUUCCAAUCAAACCAAGGCUUCAACGAUUAUACCUGGCAAAAGAGACGGAAAAGAAGAUGAGGUGGCACAAGGAAGAAAAUAUUGAUGAUGGUGUCUUGCGGCAUCCAUCCGACUCAAUAGAAUGGAAAUCUUUCAAUGAGCGUCAUCCUACUUUUUCAACUGAGUUAAGAAAUGUUAGAUUAGGUUUAGCAAGUGAUGGGUUCCAACCUUAUGGGAAUAUGAGUUCCAAUCAUAGUAUUUGGCCUGUCGUACUAGUUACAUAUAAUUUGCCACCAUGGGAUUGCAUGAAAAAUCCAUAUUUCAUGAUGACACUUCUUAUUCCUGGCCCUAAGUGUCCAGGCAAUGAUAUUGAUGUAUACUUACAACCAAUGAUUGAAGAGUUGAAAGAACUAUGGGACGGGGUGGAGACUUAUGAUGCACACUCAAAAUCUAAUUUUCUUAUGCGUGUGGCUCUCCUGUGGACGAUUAAUGACUUUCCUGCAUAUGGGAACCUUUCAGGAUGGUCAACCAAAGGCAAGCUUGCAUGCCCUUGUUGCCAUAAAGUCACACAACCAGUUUCCUUACGUAAUAAGUUAUGUUAUAUGGGUCAUCGUCGCUUCCUUCCCAUAAACCAUCCAUGGCGUAGAAACAGGGUGUUAUUUGAUGGGAAAGUGGAAAUGGGGGCUGCACCUAGCCCUUUAACAGGUGAUGAAACACUUAUGCAAUUACAAGAUUUGGGCAAUGUGACUUAUGGUAAAGUGCAAAAGCGAAAGCGUAAUGUUUCUAACAAUGCUUACAAUUGGAGGAAGAAGAGUAUCUUUUUUCAAUUGCCUUAUUGGAAGAAUCUUAUGUUGCGACAUAACCUUGAUGUGAUGCAUAUAGAAAGAAAUGUGUCCGAUAAUAUUUUAUCAACUGUGAUGAAUAUGGUUGGAAAGACAAAGGACACGUUGAAAAGUAGAUAUGAUUUGGUGGACCUUGGAAUCAGGCAAGGAUUGCAUCCAAUUGAGGAUGGGGACAAUAUUUUGUUACCGGCGGCAUGCUAUGCAUUGUCCCUACAAGAGAAGUUGAAGGUAUGUGAUUUCUUAGCUAAUUUGAAGGUUCCAGAUGCCUUUUCAUCAAACAUUUCAAGGUGUGUUAACAUACUUGAGAAAAAGAUACAUGGAUUGAAGUGUCAUGAUCAUCAUGUAUUAUUACAAUACAUUUUUCCAGUAGCUAUACGUGGUUUGUUGCCUAAGGAAGUCUGUGAACCAAUUAUAGCCUUAGCCAAAUUUUUCAAGAAUCUAUACUCUAAGUGCUUGACAAUUGAAGAUCUUGAUAUCCUAGAGGCUGAAAUUCCUAUCAUAUUGUGCAAACUUCAAAUGGUUUUUCUUUCGGCGUUCUUUGAUGUCAUGAUUCAUUUGACAAUUCACUUGGCAAGAGAGGUAAAGCUUGGUGGACCAGUUCAAUAUCGGGAUAUGUACCCUAUUGAGAGGUAUUUGCGAACACUUAAGUCAUAUGUACGCAACCUAGGUCGUCCAGAAGGUUCAAUUGCAGAAGGUUAUUUGGCAGAGGAAAGCCUCACGUUUUGCUCACGAUAUUUAAAGAAUAUCUCAACCAAGUUCAAUAAACCAACUAGAAAUGACGAUGGAUCUAGGUCAAAUGGUGAGAUGUCCAUCUUUAAAAACAGUGGGCAACCAAAAGGUGCUGCUACAGAUAGCAAGAAGCUACCUCAUGAUGAGUUCAACCAAGCAUGCAUAUUUCAAACAAAAGAGCUUGUGAGAAAAACACAAAACAGUGGAGUUCUUGUUAGAGGAGAUGAUUCAGACCCUAAUAAGGAGUAUUAUGGUGUAUUAGAGGACAUUUAUGAGUUGUCUUAUGUGGGGAACAAGAAAGUUUACCUAUUCAAGUGUCAUUGGUGGGAUGUGGCUCGCCUAGGAAGAGGAUAUAAAAUUGACAAAUAUGGUUUUACAAGUGUGAAUACUCAUUGUGCCUUGAAUACAAAUGAGCCAUUUGUGUUGGCGUCUCAGUCCGAGCAAGUCUUUUACUUGAAUGACAUGGUCAAUAAAGAUUGGCUUGUUGUUGUAAAGACAAAUCCUCGCAACCUUUUCAAUAUUCCUGAAGUUGAAGAUGAAGCAUUACUUAACGAAGAAGUUUAUCAACAAGAGGAAGUUGAAUGUAAUAUUUUGCGUACCAAUGACCAACAAACUGUGAUUAGGGUGUCUUUACAUAGGGAUGAUAUUGAACCACAAACUGUUUUGCGUACCAAUGACCAAGGAAAUGAGGAAGAUGAUUUCAUUAAUGACAAUGAUAUAGAUGUAUCCGAGAAUGAAGAAGACGAAGAAGAGUUACUUGAUGAUAAUGAUGGAGAGGAUAGUGAUACAUCCUCUUGA